CCACAGCCGCUCCCUCGCAAUAACUCAAGCAUCAUGGCAAAUUUCAGCAUCUUCCUCAUGCGUCUGCUGCUGGUCACCAUGACCCUGGCGGCAGCUGCCGCUUAUGUGCAGGUCGAACAAAUAUCCCCUAAUGGGGAUGAUUAUGCCUAUCCACCUGAAAAUAACGACGAUUUGCCACCAGAACAAUCACCCGAGGAACGCAAGUUCUUGGAUGGAUGCGUGAAGCAUUUCACGAACGAGUGUGGGAGAGAGAUCUUCGUGAACAUGUUCGAGCAUUAUGGUCCUGUGACAGACAAGUGUUGCAGCCAGCUUGUGGCUGCUGGAGAAACUUGCCACAUUACUAUGGUGAACGCAUUGUUCGUGCUGCCUGAAUUCAAGUCAAAGGCAUCUUCGGGUAUCCCCAAAAGCAAGCAAAUAUGGAAUGAAUGUGCCUGGAUCGUUUCAAGGGAAUCUCCCUCUCCAUCCGCAAUUCCCCUUGAAAAUUAAUUAAAUUCUAUGUCAUCUACUUCAAUAAUAACAUACGAAAUAAUUU